AUGCUCUCACUCGGGACUGACGAUAAUGUGAAUGCUACCAACGAUACCAUUAUAAACUACUCUGAAUUCAGCGAUCAUCCAAUACCGCACAUUAUACAAGAUACGAAUUGGGAUUGUGGUCUCGCUUGUGUUGUCAUGACACUGCGAGGCUUGGGGUUCAAUGUGAAUUUAGAAGAUGUGGCAAGACAAUGUCCAGUCAACAGUGUGUGGACCAUCGACCUGGCAUUUCUGCUUCGAAACUACGUCCAUGAUUUCACCUAUUACACAAGCUAUUUAGGCAGUCGAAAAGAAUACCAAGACCAAAAAUUUUAUCAAGAGGAUUUUGAUGAGGAUGAAAAGCGAGUAAACAAGCUUUUCGCCAUUGCAAAGAGCUGCUCAGUUCAUGUUGUACGAAUGAUGCUGCCGCUGGAUGAUUUCAAACGAUUCCUCUACUGCAAGAAAUUUGCCAUCAUUACACUUGUGAAUGCUCGUCUGCUCAAAUGCCAGUUGUGCAGGAAACAUCGAGGAUGCUUGGGCAGUGUGUGUGGUCAGUUGGAUCUGCUAUUGGAAAAGUUCAAGGGCAACGACUAUCUAGGGCAUUUCAUCGUCUUGAUCGGCUAUGAUCCAACGGAAGACUUGUUUAUUUAUCGUGAUCCAGCAGCAAACGACGAAUUUUGUACAAUAUCAGCUGAUGAUUUGGACGAUGCAAGGCAAUCAGAAGGAACAGAUCAUGAUUGCAUUGUGGUCAAAUUAUCGUAA